AUGACCUGUCAACUACCGGUUGUCUUCGAAACUUUUCUCCUGGGCAUCGAUUUUAUUCACGAUACUGCACGAUAUCCCAACAAACACAAGAAGAAGAAAAACGAGAGGAAGAGAGUUCCUUCAAGUCUCAUAAAAACUUUCCACGAAAAUAUGCUGAAACUAGAAAACGAAAAUGUCCUUCUCCACCAGGAAAUCAAAGUUUUGAAACUGAAAUUAUCAAGAGUCCAAAAUAAUCGAGAUCAAUUAGAAACUGAAUUAUCGAUUAUCAGAGCGGAGAACGACGAAUUGAAGACAAUUGUUUACACCUUGGAGAAACGGUUAACUCAAGAAACUCCAAUUCUCUCUCCACAAAUCGAUACUCCUGUUUCCGAAAAUUCAUUUGAAAAUGGGUCAAACAAAUCUUAUGGAAAGAAGGAGCAAGAACCAGAAUUCUUCUCUGAAACUGGACCAGAUUUUGAUUCGAAAUGGUACAAAAACAUCUGCAUUGCCAAAUCCCAUCCUAAUUAUAUUGUUUUGAGAAACUGCAGUCAAGUUGAGCAUCAAUCCCUGGAUGACUUUAUUUUCUUCCGAACUGUCGAUGGUAAGGAAACGGUAUCUGGCUGUCCAUUCCCAGAAGGCGUCAUUAUUCCUCCGCAAUCUGAAUUUACGAUCUAUUCCGAUCAUCCCGGAGCAAGAAAUGUCUAUGGAAAAAGUUGCAUUCUUCACAGAUACAACACUUUCGGAUCGGGAAAAGUCACUGAAAAUAUAAUUUUGGAUGAGACUGGAAAAGAAACUGCCAAUUAUAUACUUUGUGUGUUUCAAGAAUAA